CAGACCCCUACGGCUGUAGAGCGACUCAAUGAGCUUCUCGAGUCUGACUCAGGCCCACGACUGAUCCGGAUUGGCGUUCGCAACAAGGGCUGUGCUGGUAUGAGCUACCACCUCGAGUAUGUCACGCCAGAUCAAGCCGGCAAGUUCGACGAGCGCGUAAAGCAGGACGGCGUGGAGGUCUUGAUUGAUAGCAAGGCUCUGUUCAGCAUCAUUGGAUCAGAGAUGGACUGGCAGGAGGACAAGUUGAGCGCCAAGUUCGUAUUCAACAACCCCAAUGUCAAGGAGAGUUGUGGCUGUGGUGAGUACAUGAUAGGUGUGGCGAGUAAUAUCCCUCUGCUCCAAGUUCAGCCAAGCUGACGCCCUCCCCCAUACACUGUGACCUUUCGAUUGUUACCAGGCGAGUCUUUCCUCACAUGAUCAUCCACAACACCGGCAGUUGGCGUUGUCGCGCCGUACAAGAAUAUUCAUUCGCAAUAGAACAUCUCUACAUCACACAUCCUCCAAUUGUGUAGUCAUUGCUGCUCUGAGUCUCUCCUAUGUGCUUGCUGUGCCGACGAUCUCACCACGUCCGUAUCACUUCCGCGCAUCCCGUC